CUUCUAUCACUUAACCACCACAUUUGAUUGUGCGCAUGUGUGCGUUGUAAGAUCAAACUAGUAUUGACGUUGACAAUUUGCAGUUGAUAUUUAGUAGAAAUCUAAGCAAACGAUAGUUGGGGGUGUUUCCCGAGAUAUUAAUCACACAUUCCACAAUAUUAGAAAGACGAUAUGGAUGCAUUCGGUGACAAUUUUGUCAUUGAACCAGAGGUGGAUCCUGUAGCAGAAUUUGUAGCGAGAGAACAAGAUCAACUGGCUGGACUUGAAGAUGAAAUUCCACCAGUUUCUAUGUCUACUCCUUCAAUAGGAACAAAUGCAAAUGAUAAUUCGCUUGAAAAUUUUGGAAAUUUAAAAGUUGGCCCAGGCGGAGAUGCCGAAGGUAGCUUUGAAAUAAUAGAAGCGGUUGGACAACCCAAUGACACACAACCUCUACCUGCUACAGAAACUCUAUCCAAGUCUCCACCUGUAAAAGAGGAGCCUGAAAAAAUACGGAAAUGGAGAGAAGAACAAAAAACUAGACUAGAGGAAAAAGACGCAGAAGAAGAGAAAAAGAAAGAAGAAUGGAGAGAGGCUGCGAGGAAAGAAUUGGAAGAAUGGUAUAAACAUCAUGCAGAAGCAAUUAGUAAAACAAAAACUACAAACAGGGAAUCAGCCAAGAACGCGGAGAAACAAUUCGUUGCAGAAGCUGAUGAAGUGGAACCAGGAACUGAAUGGGAACGCAUCGCGAAACUUUGCGACUUUAAUCCAAAAUCUUCGCGCACUUCUAAAGAUGUUUCCCGAAUG